CCUGGGAGGGGCCCCGGGCAGGCCCUGCAGCCUUCGCGUGCGCUGCAUCCCGCAGGGCCUGCGCUGCUUGACAUAAAGGCACAGCGCCUGAGGAUGCGCUCUCGCUCCCAGCCCUGCAAAACUGAGUAGGGCGCCUGGGAGCGGCCGCGGGGGGUCGGCUUUGGAUGCUCCACACCUGGUGGGCUCUGGACGCCUAGGAGCCCAGCUCAGGAAGGGAGCGAAACGAGAGCUGCCUGCUCUUACUCCAGCCCUUGACUCGAGCUGUCAACCCUGUCGUCGUGCUUUAGCUUACAGUCCAGAAUGUAACCAUCAAUAAAUCAGAGAAGCCUGAAAGCUGUGAUAAUGUGAAGGUGGUGGUUAGGUGCCGGCCCCUCAACGAGAGAGAGAAAUCAAUGUGCUAUAAACAAGCUGUCAGUGUGGAUGAGAUGAGGGGAACUAUUACUGUACAUAAGACUGAUUCUUCCAAUGAACCUCCAAAGACAUUUACUUUUGAUACUGUGUUUGGACCAGAGAGUAAACAACUCGAUGUUUAUAACUUAACUGCAAGACCUAUUAUUGAUUCUGUUCUUGAAGGCUACAAUGGGACUAUUUUUGCAUAUGGACAAACGGGAACAGGCAAAACUUUUACCAUGGAAGGCGUUCGAGCUGUUCCUGAACUUAGAGGAAUCAUUCCAAAUUCAUUUGCUCACAUAUUUGGUCAUAUUGCAAAAGCAGAGGGUGAUACAAGAUUUUUGGUUCGAGUGUCUUACUUGGAAAUAUAUAAUGAAGAAGUUCGUGACCUUUUGGGCAAGGACCAGACACAGAGGUUAGAGGUUAAAGAAAGACCUGAUGUGGGGGUUUAUAUCAAAGAUUUAUCAGCUUAUGUGGUAAAUAAUGCUGACGAUAUGGAUAGAAUUAUGACUCUAGGCCACAAAAAUCGUUCUGUUGGCGCUACUAACAUGAAUGAACACAGUUCCCGUUCCCAUGCCAUCUUUACAAUUACUAUAGAAUGCAGCGAAAAAGGCGUUGAUGGUAACAUGCAUGUCAGAAUGGGGAAGCUCCACCUUGUAGACCUUGCUGGUUCAGAGAGGCAGGCAAAAACUGGAGCUACUGGACAGCGCCUAAAGGAAGCCACAAAAAUCAAUCUUUCGCUUUCCACCCUUGGUAAUGUAAUUUCUGCCUUGGUUGAUGGAAAAAGCACUCAUGUUCCUUAUCGCAACUCUAAAUUGACUCGUCUUCUUCAAGAUUCCUUAGGAGGAAAUUCAAAAACCAUGAUGUGUGCAAAUAUUGGGCCAGCAGACUACAAUUAUGAUGAAACUAUUAGUACAUUACGGUAUGCUAACCGUGCUAAGAAUAUUAAAAAUAAAGCUAGAAUCAAUGAAGAUCCAAAGGAUGCUUUGCUUCGUCAGUUUCAGAAAGAAAUAGAAGAACUGAAAAAAAAGCUUGAAGAAGGGGAAGAAAUAUCAGGCUCUGAUAUCAGUGGAUCAGAGGAAGAGGAUGAUGAAGAGGGUGAGGUUGGAGAAGAUGGAGAGAAGAGGAAAAAAAGAAGGGAUCAAGCAGGUAAAAAGAAAGUGUCCCCAGAUAAGAUGGUUGAAAUGCAAGCAAAAAUUGAUGAGGAGAGAAAAGCACUUGAAACAAAGCUUGACAUGGAAGAAGAAGAAAGAAACAAAGCUAGAGCUGAAUUAGAGAAACGGGAAAAAGAUCUACUUAAGGCCCAACAAGAACAUCAGUCUUUGCUGGAGAAAUUAUCUGCACUGGAGAAGAAGGUAAUUGUUGGUGGCGUUGAUUUGUUGGCAAAAGCUGAAGAACAAGAGAAACUUCUUGAAGAAUCUAAUAUGGAACUGGAAGAACGGAGGAAAAGAGCAGAGCAACUUCGUAGAGAACUUGAGGAAAAAGAGCAAGAACGCUUGGAUAUUGAAGAAAAAUACACCAGCUUGCAAGAGGAAGCCCAGGGAAAAACCAAGAAAUUAAAGAAAGUGUGGACUAUGCUGAUGGCUGCCAAAUCAGAGAUGGCUGAUCUCCAACAGGAGCAUCAGAGGGAAAUUGAAGGCCUCCUGGAAAAUAUUCGACAACUUAGCCGGGAGCUUCGACUUCAGAUGCUUAUUAUUGAUAAUUUUAUACCUCAAGAUUAUCAGGAAAUGAUUGAAAACUAUGUCCAUUGGAAUGAAGACAUUGGAGAAUGGCAGCUGAAAUGUGUUGCCUAUACAGGAAAUAACAUGAGGAAGCAGACUCCAGCUCCUGAUAAAAAAGAGAAAGACCCCUUUGAAGUGGACCUUUCCCACGUGUACCUUGCCUACACUGAGGAGAGCCUCCGGCAGUCCCUGAUGAAGUUAGAGAGGCCGCGGACGUCGAAGGGGAAAGCAAGGCCAAAGACGGGGCGAAGAAAGCGUUCUGCAAAACCUGAAACUGUAAUUGAUUCUUUACUUCAGUAAACAUUACAGACUUAAAGUCACAAUAAAAAUUAGUGAUAUUCUCA